UCCCGUGGCCUCAGUUACGUCCAAGUUGGCCCUCCCUUCAUCACUCAUUCUCUCUAUAAAACCUCCUUCAAACAUGCUUCUUAAGGAUCCGUCCUACCCGACGAUCCCGAUAGAACACCCCAAGAUGCUCGACAUUUGGUCUUGGAUAUGCGAACUUCCCGACUCGGCCGGGUCGUGCUCUUCAAGCGUGCUCGAGCUGGCCAGGUCAAUGCCUGAUCGUGAUGGACUAACUCAGUCCAUUCAACUCAGAGCCAACUGGACGGCGUGCGAGCCCUCCUCAGAAGAGGCGGCGAUCACAUUCUCGCUGUAUCUGCUGGGCUUCGAGUCACAGAAACUUCAACAGGGGCCCAUCUGGGUGUCCGAUCCAUAUCCUCUCUCCUCGGACAAGCCCUUCCUUCCACUACUUCUCCAGCUCCUCCGGGAGAUUAUUUCCCGGUCACCGACGACCCAGGAAAGCACAUGCCCACGUUCCAGGCUUGGGGACCUGAGGCCAGAGCCUGUUGCAUGGAUCAUGGACUCCCACGCGCCCGAGUCUCUGUCGGGAUUCUUCAACUCAAUCUUCCUCUUGCGUCUCUUCUGGCUCUGCUCCUUUGACGCGCCCUGUGAGGCAGGUACCUUCUAUUAUCACUGCCUCCUGGCCCCGAACCUUGAGACCUUGGCAUGUAACCGCACACCGGUUCUCCGGAAGUUCUUGGCGACCAUCGGAGUGGAUGCCGAGCUGUGCUUCACCCGAGCAUUCAGCUACAUGUUAGCUAAGUGGUUGAUUCUGAGGGAGGUAGGGGGCGUGGGGCUAAAGACGCUGGCCUCACUGCCGGCUGAUGACAGGGGUCUCGUUGUAUCGUACGCCACGGAGGCACAUGGCUUGUGGAUCCUAAAGGGUUAUGUGCCUAUCCAGGCGAUGAAGGUCACACAAUCCAGCAACCAGUUAAAGAGUUUUCCCAUCACCGAGGCCAAGGACUCAGUGCUCAAGUAUGUACUAGCUCACCAACAACUCGAGGCGGUCAUUCAGGUCGAAUAUUCCGUCAAAUUCUUUGAAAGUUACAUUCAGGUGAAUGCGCGCGUGGACAACAUACGCCUCCAUGUGGUGAACCUUGGGUUCAAGAAGGGAGACAGCAAUGAGGGAGAGUUCGCAGAUGAGAGACACUUCCCAUCGCGGGCCCGGCUCUGGGUCGGGCCGGAAGUCGGGGCAACCUACGUGGGCGGGUUCAGCCUUGGCCAGUCCACGAACAACUCAGGGAAAGAGAUCGAGACGCAGAAGAUCGUGAAGGGUAGCUUUGGAAAGACAAAGGUCCCGAAGGUGAAGACCACGGCGAGGACCUCAUCGAGGACCAGGAUCCGGAACUGGAGGUGGGACCAGGAUGCGGAGGGUAACGCUGCAGUGUUCGACGGGGUGUUGUGCGACAGUGGGACGGGUCGGGAGGUGGCGACAUGCCGGCCGGGGGGUGCUGACGGCGGCAGUGGGUUCCAUAAAAGGUACGCUGGGGCCCAGAGGCCGUUCACAAAGACCGGGGGCGUGAUAUUUGCGGGGGACGAGUGCGGGAGAAGCGUGGUGUGGAGACUGAGCAGGGAGAUGGAAGGGAGUGUGAUGAAGUGGAGGAUUGGGGGUCAAAUUUGGCUGACGUAUUGGCCGAACAACAAUGACGUCAUCAGGAGUUCCCCCUUCGAGACGAGGGCUGUCGAGUUGUGCGAUGAGGUUGACUUGCCUUUAAUUCCUGGGAAAGUUGUGAAGAUUUAAGUUUCACAAGUUCAUAAUGUAGUUAUGUGGCUUUGUGCACGUAUAUAUAAAAUCGUUGUAUUAGUUAGAUAGAUAUAAAUAAAUGAGGGCAUAAACGUAAUCGUAGUGACAUGGAAGCAUUUUGUCCUCGAGGUAAGUGACGCUCGUGAGGUGAUUAUUACUAGGUAAUAGAUUAAAGGCAUGUCGUGAUGUUAUCGAAAUGACCAAAAACUACUACUGGGCAUUUGCUACUGCUUGGCCAAGAUACAAAUGGAUAUAUUUGAUAAAAUAGCACGUUUCUCA